GAAGCCUCUGAGCUGUCACCUUUGCCGGCGCACAGUAGAGUUGCGACCGUUGAAGCACCAGCUUUCUAAAAUCAUUUGUAUCGGUGAUCGUCCAACCUUUCUUCUGUGAAACGUUUAGUUUUGUUUAAAAUAAAAAACAACGAAAACAAAUCCAAAAAUCACAAAAAAAUGGCUAACAACAGAGCUACCAAGUCUGGAUUCGCCGCGGAGGCUCAGCGCAAGAUAAAUAGCAAAUACAGCGAGGAACUUGCCCAGGAAAGUUUGGAAUGGAUAAAAACAAUCACCGGGGAAGAAAUCAACACCAGUGGAGAUAUGGACAAUUUUUACGAAGUCCUUAGAGACGGCACGCUUCUUUGCAGAUUGGUGAAUUGCAUUCAGGAGGGUUCGGUAAAAAAAAUCAACAAGACAGAGCUUGCCUUCAAGUGCAUGGAGAACAUAAACGCAUUUUUGGACAAAGCUAGAAGCUUAGGAGUCCCUGCUCAAGAAACCUUCCAGACCGUCGAUCUUUGGGAGAGGCAAAACCUAAACUCGGUUGUAAUCUGUCUCCAAUCCUUGGGCCGCAAGGCUGGUAACUACGGUAAACCAAGUAUUGGACCGAAAGAGGCCGAUAAAAACGUGCGAAACUUCAGCGAGGAACAACUCAAGGCGGGAGCUGGUGUAAUAAGUCUCCAAUACGGCAGCAAUAAGGGAGCAAAUCAGAGUGGAAUUAAUUUCGGAAAUACACGACACAUGUAAACUUACUUUCAACUACUAUCAAUUCAUAUUUACGCGUUAUAUAUUAUCUCGCUCUGUAUCCGGUAAUAUUAUUUUAUAGUUCACUUAUUCACGCUGAAGAAGAAAAAAAAAUUCCGUUUACGAAAACCUAUUUUGCAAUGAUUAUCCUGCGCACUCUGUAUUAUAAAAACCGUUGGCAUUUGAAUAAUUGAGAAAUUUUUAAUAUGAAUAUUGGCGCGAUAUUAUACCUGAAUGCCGAAUAAUCUCCCGGCUUUCACGGCAGAUUAUGUAUGUACACAAAAUCAAAUCGAAAGAUGAUACUUAAGGAUAAGAAAAAACACGAUAAAGUCAUAAUAUGCGAGAACGGGUGAGAAGAAAUAUAAUUAUGAAUGAUAUUACUAUUAUCACUGUUAUCAUAUUAUUGUUUCAUCGUCAACGCAGGAGUCAGAGUAUUAUAGUAUUAUAAUAAUAUUAAGUAUAUGAAAAGAAAAGCAACGAAUUAUAGCUUAUUUGAUUGAAAUUGUCUAAUUGUAAUAUAAUUUAAAAAUUGAUUGGUUUCACUCCUCUAUUUCUUCUCCCACCCCAAAUUCAAUCGUGCAAACUAUGUUAAUUAAAUGGAAAUGAAUAGUUAUUCAUACGUAGAUCGGUAUGUCAUACAAAUUAUUUGACUCUAGAAAUUUGAUGUAGCCGGAAAUUAGGGUGUCUAUUUAUGAUAAAAGUUGUUGCGGAAUGUUUUGCUUGUGAAAAGUUUUUGGAAAAAUACGAAACGCGAUUAUUGCACCUGAUCAAUACUUAAUACAUGAAUGCAUGAAAACAAAAUUGUAAUUAUAUUACGGUAUGAUAAAAUGACAUAUACAUAUAUAGAAAAAUGGUUAUUUACUAAUUGUAAGUAUUUUGUACAACAAAGAGUAUUUUCGGUGGUUAUACUGUGGAUGUAACUCAAUGAAAUAAUCCAGUAAUGAGGAAAAUAAAAAGAAUAAUAAGCAAA